AUGGGCGGCCGGGCUGCGGCGUGGACGGGCGCCGGGGGGCUCCGAGCGCUGCUGCUGGCGCUGGUGGCCGCGGGGGUCCCGGCCGGCGCCUACAACCUCGACGCGCAGCGCCCGGUGCGCUUCCAGGGCCCGGCGGGCUCCUUCUUCGGCUACGCGGUGCUGGAGCACUUCCACGACAACACGCGCUGGGUCCUUGUGGGUGCACCAAAGGCAGAUUCUAAAUACAGCACUUCAGUAAAGUCCCCUGGAGCUGUGUUUAAGUGCCGCGUCCACACCAACCCCGAACGGAGAUGCACCGAACUGGACAUGGCUCGAGGGAAGAACCGGGGUGCGCCCUGUGGGAAGACCUGCAGGGAAGACCGAGAUGAUGAGUGGAUGGGGGUGAGCCUGGCCCGGCAGCCCAAAGCGGAUGGCCGUGUUCUGGCCUGUGCCCAUCGUUGGAAGAACAUCUACUAUGAAACAGACCACAUCCUGCCCCACGGAUUCUGCUACCUCAUCCCGUCCAACCUCCAGGCCAAAGGCAGGGUGCUGAUCCCCUGCUAUGAAGAGUAUAAGAAGAAGUAUGGGGAGGAACAUGGCUCCUGCCAGGCCGGGAUGGCAGGCUUCUUCACUGAGGAGCUGGUGGUCAUGGGUGCCCCAGGCUCAUUUUAUUGGGCUGGGACAGUCAAGGUGCUGAAUCUUACGGACAACACAUACUAUAAACUGAAUGAUGACGUGAUUAUGAGCAGGCGGUAUACCUACCUGGGCUAUGCAGUGACCGCUGGCCACUUCUCUCAUCCAUCCAUCACUGAUGUGGUAGGAGGUGCCCCACAGGAUGAAGGCAUUGGAAAGGUUUAUAUAUUUAGAGCUGACCGAAGAUCAGGGACCUUAAUAAAGAUUUUUCAGGCAUCAGGAAAAAAGAUGGGCUCUUACUUCGGCUCCUCCUUAUGCGCAGUUGACCUGAACAUGGAUGGCCUCUCUGACCUGCUCGUGGGGGCCCCCAUGUUUUCUGAAAUCAGAGAUGAAGGGCAGGUUACUGUCUACCUCAACAAAGGAAAUGGAGCCCUUGAGGAACAGUUGUCCCUGACUGGAGAUGGUGCCUACAAUGCACACUUUGGAGAGAGCAUUGCCAGCCUGGGUGAUCUUGAUGAUGACGGGUUCCCAGAUGUCGCUGUCGGUGCACCUAAGGAGGAUGACUUUGCUGGAGCAGUCUACAUCUAUCACGGUGAUGCCGAUGGGAUUGUCCCCCAGUACUCAAUGAAACUGUCUGGGAGGAAGAUAAACCCGAUCCUGCGGAUGUUUGGGCAGUCCAUAUCAGGGGACAUUGAUAUGGAUGGAAAUGGCUAUCCUGAUGUCACCAUUGGAGCCUUCCUGUCUGACAGCGUGGUCCUCCUCAGGGCCAGACCGGUCAUCACUGUGGAUGUCUCCAUCUUCCUCCCAGUCUCCAUCAACAUCACAGCACCUCAGUGUCAUGAUGGACAGCAGCCUGUGAACUGCCUGAAUGUCACUGUGUGUUUUCGGUUCCAUGGCAAGCAUGUACCAGGAGAAAUUGAUCUGAGCUACAAUCUGACGGCUGAUGUGGCCCAGAAGGAGAAGGGUCAGCUGCCCAGGGUCUAUUUUGUGUUGCUGGGAGAGACUGCCGGCCAGGUGUCAGAGAAGCUGCAGCUGACCCACAUGGAGGAGACAUGUCAUCACUACAUGGCCCACGUCAAGCGGAGGGUCCAGGAUGUCAUCAGCCCCAUCGUGUUUGAAGCUGCCUACAGCCUGGGUGUGCACGUGACUGGUGAUGAGGCGCGGGAGCUGCCAGACCUGACACCAGUGCUGCGCUGGAAGAAGGGACAGAAGAUCGCCCAGAAGAAUCAGACAGUUUUUGAGCGGAAUUGCCGAUCUGAGGACUGCGCUGCUGACCUGCAGCUUCGGGGGAAACUCCUGCUUUCCAGUGUUGAUGAGAAAACCCCAUACCUAGCUUUGGGGGCUGUGAAGAAUAUCUCUCUGAACAUCUCCAUCUCCAACCUUGGGGACGAUGCCUAUGAUGCCAAUGUAUCCUUCAAUGUUUCUCGGGAACUCUUCUUCAUCAACAUGUGGCAGAAGGAGGAGAUGGGCAUUUCCUGUGAGCUGCUGGAAUCAGACUUCCUCAAGUGCAGUGUGGGAUUUCCUUUCAUGAGGUCAAAGUCGAAGUAUGAGUUCAGUGUCAUCUUUGAUACAAGCCACCUGUCUGGGGAAGAGGCAAUUCUCAGCUUCAUCGUGACUGCUCAGAGUGGAAACAUGGAGCGCUCCGAAGCCCUGCAUGACAACACGCUCACACUGGAGGUGCCGCUGGUGCACGAAGUGGACACGUCCAUCGCUGGAAUUGUGUCCCCAACCUCCUUCGUGUAUGGCGAGUCUGUGGAUACAUCCAACUUCGUUCAGCUGGAUGACCAGGCGUGCCAUUUCCAACCCCUCAACAUCACUCUCCAGGUCUACAACACGGGCCCGAGCACCCUCCCUGGGGCAUCUGUCAGCAUCUCCUUCCCCAGUCGGCUGUCACCUGGUGGCGCAGAGAUGUUUCAGGUCCAGGAGAUGGUGGUGAGCCAAGAAAAGGGCAACUGCUCUUUCCAGAGGAACCCAACCCCCUGCAUCAUCCCUCAAGAACAAGAAAACAUCUUCCACACCAUAUUUGCUUUUUUCACCAAAUCUGGAAGGAAAGUGUUGGACUGUGAAAAGCUAGGGAGUUUCUGUCUAACAGUGCACUGCAACCUUAGCGCCCUCCCUAAAGAAGAGAGCCGUACCAUAGACCUGUACAUGCUGCUGAACACAGAAAUACUGAAGAAGGACAGCUCUUCUGUCAUCCAGUUCAUGGCUCGAGCCAAGGUGAAGGUGGAUCCUGCCCUGAGAGUGGUGGAGAUAGCUAAUGGGAACGCAGAAGAGACCCUGGUGGUCUUUGAGGCCUUGCACAAUCUGGAGCCCCGUGGCUACGUUGUGGGAUGGAUCAUCGCCAUCAGUUUGCUGGUGGGAAUCCUCAUCUUCCUGCUGCUGGCUGUGCUGCUGUGGAAGAUGGGCUUCUUCCGCAGAAGGUACAAAGAAAUCAUCGAAGCCGAGAAAAACCGGAAAGAGAAUGAAGAUGGUUGGGACUGGGUCCAGAAAAACCAGUGACCCGCCGUGCCAGUCAUGAUGCCCUCGUGUUCCCGUCACCAGCCUGUGGUCCCUGAUCUUUGUAUCUUCCAUAUUUGGAAGAAAGAAAUCUUCUCCAGAUUUUCCGGAGGUCCCACUGAUGCUGUCCUCUUCUCAUCCUGUCAAGCCCGGCGCCGACCUGAGAUGGCCACCUCCAGCCAGGUCACACGACUGGGGCCACCACCACUUCCCUUUACAAACAAACUCAGAACUUCGGAAAGAUGAGCUACAGAGCAAAGCAAUAUUUAUGGAUACAACAAUGCGUGGUCAACCCUCAGGGGAAAACUGUUACCUAAAAGUAUUUUUUAUAAAUGUAAGCCUUUUAUAUUGA